AGGCUUCAGUUCCUCAGUUACCGAAAUCAUAUUCAACAAAGGAAUAAAUUCUUACUCGUUUUAAUCUUGACGAGGUCAAUGAUGAUGGAAGCCAACUUAAUAAACAUAGUGAUAAUAUCGAAAGAUAGUAAAUUUUUCCUAAUUUCUUGAAAAAUUCUCAUAUUGAGGAAUCAUUCAUAAGUUUUGAGUGACCAAGUUGAGUUAUUGAUUGAUUUAUGAGCGAAUUGGAUCAUGGGAAAAGUUCUUUAUCUCAUGGUUUCGGGAAUGCUGGUAGCUUCAUUAGCCAUAUGCAUGUGGGUUUUCCCGAGUCCAGGGAACCAGAAAUGGAACAAUGAGGAAUUAGUGGAUGUCCCUAGAUUAAAUUUCAGACCCCUGCCUGAUGAUAAAAAGAGUACCCUUAUUUGGUUGCAAUUGUCUAACAAAACCUCUCCAGUGAAAUGGACGGAAAAUCUUAUGUCUUUUCUAGACAACUAUUAUGUCCCUAAGAAGAUCGCAAAUGUAAGCGAAAAUAUAUACGCUUGUUCAUACUACAACUACCCACCAGAAGGCAGAUUUUGUGAUGUCGACAUAAGAGCAUGGGGACCUUGCAUCCGUGAGAAUUAUUUUGACUAUCACAGAGGCUCACCCUGUGUAUUCCUGAAAAUGAAUAUGAGGAACGGAUGGGUGCCAGAGUAUUACAAUGACCCCAAUGACCUUCCUGAACAUAUGCCCGAAGAACUCAAGAACCAUAUAAGAUUCAAUGUCACCAGAUCAGAGAGAGACAAUAUCUGGAUAUCCUGUGAGGGCGAGAACCCAGAAGAUGUAGAAUUUUUGGGACCUGUUCAAUAUCAUCCUUCUAUCCAAGGAUUUCCAGGAUACUAUUUUCCGUAUAAGAAAACCGCAGGCUACUUGAGUCCUCUUAUUGCUGUUCACUUCAGGAGACCAAGGAGCGGUGUAGUUAUAAACAUCGAAUGUAAAGCGUGGGCCAAAAAUAUCAAACACAAUAGAGAAGACGGGAGUGGAUUGGUACAUUUCGAAUUGCUCAUAGAUUGAGAAGAAAGAUGAAUAUAACAAUACAAAUGUUUAAAUUCCAUAUUUUCAUUAUGUCUAGUUUCAUGGAACCAGAUGGCUGGUUUGCCCAAG